CGCAAGUACAAAAACCACGCUCACUUACACUCCAAGUAAGUCACAGCAAAACAAUUAAUUAGCAAAGAUGGCCGCCAAUUGUUUAAUUAAAAUAUUAUUUAGUUUAUUUGUAAUUAUUCAGACGUCGUUAGGUGCUAGUAUUGAUUCUCCUAUGUAUGGAUAUCAUAUGAGGAUCGGAGUGCCUCAAGCACAGAGGAUUGCGAGUCUGGAGUCUAUGAGGAUUGUUGGUGGGAGUGCCGUCACUGCAGCAACAGCUAUUCCUCAUCAGGUGGGCAUUGUAGCAAGACUCACGACAGGUCAUGAGUCAGUCUGUGGAGGCAGUCUUCUUUCCACCACCAGAGUCUUGACAGCCGCCCACUGCUGGUUCGAUGGAGAAGUCCGAGCAAGACAAUUCACCAUUGUUCUUGGCUCCCUUACUAUCUUCACUGGAGGAACAAGGAUAGACACAACUGAUGUGACCAUGCAUCCAUCCUGGAAUUACUUUCUCAAUGACAUUGCAAUGGUGAAGAUUUCCGCUGUGAAAUUGAGCAAUACAAUUCAAGUGAUCCCACUGCCGACGACAGCCGAUGUAAACCAAAACUUCGCUGGAACAACAGGAGUCAUCUCUGGAUUCGGGAAAACUACUGAUGCUCAAAACUCCUACCCGCCAACCACGGCUCUUCAUCAGACAUCGGUGCCCAUCAUCACGAACGCAGUUUGUCAGAGAAGUUACAAGAUCACCAUAGAUGGCAGCCAUCUUUGCACUGCUGGUACCGGGGGUAAAGGAACUUGUGACGGCGACUCCGGUGGCCCACUGACCGUGUUACAUAAUAAUAAAAGGAUUUUGGUCGGUGUGGUUUCUUUCGGCCCCAGUGAGGGUUGCCAGGCCAGUUCUCCAUCAGUGUUCACUAGAGUAACCUCAUUCCUCACCUGGAUCAACGCUAACCUUAGAUAAAUUUUCGAUCUUAUACCUUUUGACUGUGUACUCUGACUCUCACGGUACAGUCUAAAUCUGACGUUUGUUUUUUGUAUUUUAUGUAAUUCAAAAUAUUGUAUACCAA